GCUUUGUGGAGUCUCCCUUGUCGGCAUGUCUGGUCGCGGCAAGGGCGGGAAGGGCCUGGGCAAGGGGGGCGCCAAGCGCCACCGCAAGGUGCUGCGCGACAACAUCCAGGGCAUCACCAAGCCCGCCAUCCGGCGGCUGGCCCGGCGCGGCGGCGUCAAGCGCAUCUCCGGCCUCAUCUACGAGGAGACCCGCGGGGUGCUCAAGGUGUUCCUGGAGAACGUGAUCCGGGACGCCGUCACCUACACGGAGCACGCCAAGCGCAAGACGGUCACGGCCAUGGACGUGGUGUACGCGCUCAAGCGCCAGGGCCGCACCCUCUAUGGCUUCGGGGGCUGAGCUCCAGGUUCCCGGCUUCCGGGGCUCUGCGCAUCCCCGUCCUGCCCUGGCUACAAACAAAAGGC